GAUAUUUAUCCCCUCUCCCUUCUCGAAAAUAUCAGUCGCCCAAUAUGGCUCCUUCCAACCUCCCUCCAGUCUUCAACGCGACAUCUCAAGAUAUUGAGAUGUUGCUCGCCGCCCAAUGUCAUCUCGGCUCUAAGAACUUGCAAGUCCACAUGGAACCUUACUUGUGGAAGACUCGUCCUGAUGGAAUCAACGUUAUCAACAUUGGCAAGACCUGGGAGAAAAUCGUCCUUGCUGCCCGUAUCAUUGCAGCCGUUGACAACCCAGCCGACAUUUGCGUGAUUUCCGCUCGUCCCUACGGCCAGCGUGCUGUCCUCAAGUUCGCCGCCCACACCGGUGCCGUUGCCAUUGCCGGCCGCUUCACCCCUGGUAACUUCACUAACUACAUCACCCGCUCCUUCAAGGAGCCCCGCCUCAUCAUCGUCACCGAUCCUCGCACCGACCACCAAGCCAUUAAGGAAGCCAGCUACGUCAACAUCCCUGUCAUCGCCCUCUGCGACACCGACUCCCCCACUGAAUUUGUCGACGUCGCCAUCCCCACCAACAACAAAGGUCGUCAUGCCAUCGGUCUGAUAUGGUGGAUGCUUGCCCGUGAAGUCCUGCGCCUGCGUGGUACUCUCGCCAGCCGUGAGACGGAGUGGGACGUCGUUGUCGACUUGUACUUCUACCGCGACCCGGAGGCUGAGGAGAACAAGGAGAUUGAAGAAGCCAAGGUCCCCGGUGCCGAAGAGGUCGGUGCUGCGGCCAUCGAGAGUGGGUUGGUUGGUGACAGCUGGGAAGCUCAAGCCGCUCCAGCAUUUGCUGGUGCCGGUGUGCCUGCCGGUGCUGCUCCAGGCUGGGAAGCUGAGGGGGGUGUUGACUGGGCUGCGAGCUCAGCCGCUCCCGCUGACACCUGGGCUGGCGAGUCUGGUAACCCAGAUGCCGGCGUCAAAUGGUAGAUAUCGAAUUCGUUCGUUUUGUGAUCCGUGCAGACCCGGUGGGAGUUAAUUGAGGAAAGCGUGUUUUUUAUCACUUUCUUUUAAAACGCGAACAGAGGAAAAAGAAAAAACGAUCCAUAACAUUCAAUUGCAUUAUUCGCUCUUAGCCGUGUGCGUCACAAAUGAAGAAACCGCUCUAUAUCACGUCCCCCAUAUUUUGUCCUCCUUACUCUAUUUCCUAUUCCCCCCAGCACAAUCGGGGAAAGAAGAACGUGGGUUCGAGAUGGAACGGAAACGUUUUCCACAUCCUUUUUUUCAUGGUUUCCGUUCUCAACUGCAGCCUGUCACACAAUCUAAUCAUAUGGGAGAAUCUGGGGGAGUGUUUUUUUACAAAGAUAUCUGAAAAGAGAAAGAUUGGAAGACCCGAUGGAACAAAACAUUGACUGGCACUUAUGAGGGAAAGAUACCCAAAUUUCACAACAUUAAUGUAUGCCGAAAUUUGGGGGAAAGCCCUGUGCUGUCAAGAGAAAUGGACGUUACUUAAUCGUUGUCUCAUGUUUUCCCUUUCCUUUCUCCUUGUGUUUCCCCUUUUUCUUUCCCAAAUCGCGUGUACUGAUUUCUGCAUUUUUCAAGUUCUCAGUUGUUGUCUGGCUGUUGUGUAACUACGAAGCACCCCAUGAAAAGAAGCAUUGCGUCACACCUCUUCCUCUCCAGUAUGGACUCGUAUUUAUAUUUCUC